AUGGCCCGAAAACUUAACUUUCUCCGAGAAGGCUCGAGGACCUCCAUCAAUUGGGCCUCCCAAUUCCUGGCGAACAUCCGAGGAAAAGUUGCCCGACCGGAUCAGAUUAUGGUGUUCUUUGACGUGAUUUCAUUAUUCACGUCCAUCCCACCGGACCUGGCACUCGACGUAUUUCGCAAACGACUCGACAAGAACUACGACGAAACUAACAGACCCCUAAAAAUCGACCACCUAUUGCAACUGUUUGCUUUCUGCCAACAAACCAUCUUCACCUUCAACGGCCGAACAUACGAGCAGAUCAAAGGAACGCCGAUGGGUUCGCCAAUAUCCAGCCUGGUUUCAGAACUAGUCCUGCAGGAGCUGGAAAAAGUCGCUUUCGACCACUAUGAGCCUGCAUUUUGGCGCCGGUACGUGGACGACACGUUCGUUGUAAUUGAAAGGUGCAGACUGGCCGACUUUCAAGACCUGCUCAACGGCAUCUUCCCGGACAUACAGUUCUCAAGGGAAGAAGAGCAUGCCGAACAGCUGCCUUUUUUGACGUUCUCGUCACAGGCACACCCAACGGCGAACUCAAAACCUCGGUGUAUAGAAGGGCGAAUAACAUGACUCAGAUUCCCAACUACCACAGUAACCACUCAAUGGCGCAUAAACGCAGCUAUGUUAGGACACUCUUCCAAAGGGUAAAAACGCACUACGGUUAGCCAGAGAGACGAGUACAAGAACUUCGGCAUCUUCGGGACCAACUGGCAAGGAAUGGAUCCCCGAGCAGCUUCGUCAGCCGCAGCCUCCACACGCACCCACGGCGAACAAACGAAGGAGAGCCGCCAACACUCUGGCACCCUCUGCCAUAUAUAAAGAACGUGUCCAAAGCGAUGGAACGUAUCGCUGGGAGCUCGGCGUGGGUAUCGCUCACCGUCCGACAGCGACCAUGCGCAACAAAAUCAUGUGAGUGAAGGAUCGUUUAGACGUGAGAGAACAAUCGGAUGUCGUCUAUCAGAUUCCAUGUCGGGACUGCCCCCUCCACUACACAGGACAGACCGGACGACGACUUAACUCAAGAAUAACGGAGCACACACGGACGGUCCGGAGAGGCGACCCGUUGUCUCAGGUCGCCACUCACACCUUGGAGAAAAGCCACGAAUUCAACUUCGCGAGCACGCGAAUAGUAUCGCGGGCCAACAAUAAGACAGGGCGAGAGCUGUUGGAGGCCUGGAUGUCUGACACCAACUCUAUCAACAGACACGUUGACAUACCCCCCUCCUAUCAUGCGCUCCGUUCCCGCAGCCAAGAGGCGAGACCCAAUUUCCAGCCAAGGGUGCAUGCACUCACGCCACCGUGAGACGGCGUGGGACUCAGCUUAUCGCGAAUACCACCUUCUGCACUCAUCUCUCCCCCUUCAUGGCUUGACCACAAAAACUGCUCAUUUGAUGCCGCAUUCUCAUAGUCUCUGACAAUGGCCUCCUGUACGAGACCGAAAGCUCAGAUCAAUACACCUACUGUCCCAGAGAUCGUGUAUUGAUCUUCUUUACCGUAUGCUUUCUGCCUCGAUCGGCUCUUUUAUUUAGGCCUUUUCAUCUGUCAAAAUUUCACUCCAAAGUACCUUUUCUCAUACACCGAUUUCUACCUUAUGACUUUCCCUUAUAACUUCGUAAGCUGUUGAUCCCAAGCAGGCAAUGGAGACAGCAAAUCAGGAGAAUAUGGGUGCUGCCUUUUCUAAUCUUCUCUGAGGUCGAUGCGGGAAAUUUGAGUAAAGCCUUCGAAACAAACCUUUCUAGGUGCGGCCCGAACGCUGGCAUAAAUAUUCGAGUUGUAAUCCAUUCGAUACUGUGGAAUAACCGCGUAGUCCUCACAGGCUGCCAACAGGCAGUUAAUAGCACACCCAUACUGAAUGAUUCGCCACACUGAGAGUUGCGAUGCUAGCUGAAUGUCCAGACGCGUGUUUUGCCGAUUAUGUACCGCUGCAUAACGCACUUACGAGAAUUGGGCGCAUUAAUGUGCCCCUAAGGUUCACAUCUAAAUUUCCGGCUUAUAUAGUGAUCCCUCCUUGAUUGCGGGGGUUGCGUUCCAGAUACUCAAGCGAAAGCCCUUGAGGUAAAAACCAUGUUUUUACGAUUAUAUUUUAUAUAUGUAAGCACUUGUAAACCGUCUCACAUUGAUAUAGGCACCUAUCACACAGCUAUGCAGCAUGAACCCUUCUAUAUUCACUUAGAUCAAGGUAUGUUAGCAUCUGAUGUUCCAUGAUCAGCAAACAGCGUCCCUCACAGCUUGGUGUGCGCUGGCAGUUCUCUAAAACCUGGCUCCCUGCCGGAAGAUAAGCUUUCGCUGGGCAUAUAGACCGUUUGCAUGGCUGCCUCUAUAACCUUCUAUAUACCCGCCCACAUUCUAAGAAGCAUUUCUCACACAGUCGUACAGCAUUAAUCCUUUAUAUUCUUUUGGAUAUUAGGCAAGAUUUCUUGAUUCGAUUCGCCCAGAAUACCUGCCGCGCGCCCUGACUAAGAAGCUUAUCAGUCCCCCGCCAAAAGCGCCCGUGGAUGAGAGCAACUGGACAAACCAACGGAGGAAAAGAGCACACUGUCCGCAGGAAUUUGCGAACCGACAAAAAAUCUGCGAUACAGAUAUUAUUUCCCCUAUUUUCUGUUUUAGCAAAGCAAGCAUGUCGGAGCUGAGGCUUUCUAUCUGCCGAAAUCUCAACAUAAGCUGCCUUUAAUCAUCUUACGACUUCUCUUUUUUAACUUCGUUAGUCGUUGCGCUCAGGCAGGCAAUAAAGAUAGGCGACUCAGCAGGAUAGAGUAAUUCGUAAUUCUCUCGGAAAUUUUUGCGCGAAAUUGGAAUGAAUCCGUCGAAACGAAACUUUCUAGGCGCGACCUAAUAAGUUAUAUAAAAAGUUGCGUCGAAAUCCAUCAACUACUGGGGAAUAACCAUGUAAUAUUCGCUAGCCGCCAAAGGGCAGUCAGUAGUAUACAUAUACUGACUGAUUUGCAGCACUGACAACACGGGUAUCAGCUGAAAGUCUAGACGCCUGUUUUGCCGAUAUUGUGUCACUGUGUGACGCAUCUGCGGUGGGUUCGACUCACCAGCUGCCCAUCCCCCCCCGCCCACAGACCCGCAGGUGGUUCAUGCAGCGGUACAAAGUCAGAGAAACGCGUAUUCUGGCUUUUGGCUAACAUGUGUGCGUUGCCAAUAUUGUAAAUCAUUCAGCAUGGGUGUGGCGUCCUCUCGAAGAUUUCGAGGAAGCACCAUUGGUAGAAAUUCAACAUAUCUAUCAGUAUCAGUGUACUUGUGUCAAGACAAUAGAAGAAACCAUGCAGGGUUACUAUUGUCUUGAAGAAAAUGAUGGACUCACCAAAACGAGUAUGAAACGGAUCCUUAUUAUUUGUCAGUUAGAUGUGUAAACGAUCCUCGAUUCCGGUGCCCAAAGCCCGCUGAGAUUGGCAGAGUUGAGAGAUCCGGGCUGAUGAAUUUAAGAAGAAGAAGAAGAAGAGCUCACCGGAACGGGUUGAUUUAAGUACUGACGUUUCGAAGAGCUUGGUUGGCUCCCCAUUGUCGACGCAGAAAAUGCACUUAAUAAAUCAGAAAUUUCAAGUGACAUGUCACGUUGAUCGGCCUCAUGCUGAUCGAUUUUCCCUUCCCUCGUAGCCUCGGCCCCUCGGGCAUGGUUGGCGGGUGUUUUAUCUGUGUGUUUUGUGAGUCACCACUUCGUCGGCGAAAUGAGUGAUUGAAUCUUUGUCGGGUGGUCGGUCCGGUGGUUCUUCUUCCUCGCCGAGUAGAUUCGCCGUCGGCUUGUCUAUGUAUGGCCUUCUUAAGUCCAGUGUGGUUACUUGGUCCUGAACUUUACGGACGUGAUGAUGUAGGACUUUGUAGGCUGCAGGAAGGUCCAGAUGCCUGUUGAUGGAGUUGGCAUUUGAGUAUAAGGCCGCGAGUGUUAGCCGUUCUGUUUUUUUGUUGUCACGGCCUAAGAUGGUAGCUCUCUGGAGAUCAAAAGUAUGCCCAGUUUCUCCAACGUGCGUUGUUAGUUGAGAGUUUGGAUCUACCCUCCGAUUCGCCGAUUUGGGCUCUCGGAGGCGGGUCUGCAAUUUCCGUCCGUUUUUCCCAACAUUGUUUCAGUCGCCCUCAUUGCAACUUAUUUUAUGGAAAACUCCUGAGAUAUAAGCGGGUGGCAGUGUGCCCUUAAGUUGCAUCAGACGGCGCCGUAGCGGCGCCUGUGGUCGAUGAUCUACGUCUACUCUGGCGGGUUGUAACAGUCGAGAAAUCGCCUCGGAGACCCCUUUCACGUAGGGAAUGGCUCUCCAGACUUCGGGUUGCUGCUCAUUAGGUCGUCGUCUGUACGCUCGGUGCCUGCUUCUCUCGAUAAAAUCUCUGGAAUAACCAUUGACUGCAAAGAGGUUCUGAAGGUACGCUUGUUCAGUCCUUUUAUCUCCCGGCGUGCUGCAGUGUGUUUCGACUCAUUGGAACAGAGUUCCGAUACAGCUACGUUUGUGAGAAAGAGGGUGAUUGCUAUUGAAGUGUAGGAUUUGCCUUGUGUCCGUAGAUUUUCUGAAUACUGUUGUCUUCAACUAUUCGGCAACAUCCUUCGUCCCUCGUAAGCCCUUCUUCAUGAAACUCAAAGAAAAAUCGAGAAUAUACAGAAUAGGUUUGUAGAGCAAAGACAUUCUUGCUCUUGUGGUUCGAAUUUAGGCCUAAUGCCAUAAUCAGGAAAAUAUUCGGUAGUCGUAGGAUUCCGACGACGGGUUUUGGGAGCAAGACUGUCAACACCUUAUCGCGUUAAUUACCAGCACCGUCAAUUAUAAGCUGCGAUUAAUGAUUUGCAAGUAGCCAGUAGAACUGCUAUCGCGUCAUUUGUGAUCAUCCGCAAUAAACGCUUGACAACCUAUGGAUCGGCCGCAGACUGUCGGUCAGUAGAUACGAGGUUACCUAAUUAUCGCAACCAACAGUUCGAUCGUCUCAAACGACGACGUUCACAGCGUGCCCCACAGCAGCAUGGUCUCAGAACCUGUGCCAUGCGCAGGGAUUAGCUUAUCGUGAGAUAGACAUAUGCGGUACCUACCACGCUCUCUCCUACACUCAUUUUUCUCCGAUGGUAAGACAGUGUAAAAACCACCGGAGUUGGGCUCGGUUGCAGUGGGUGACAAAGCUAAACAGCCUGCCUACGCGUACCGCAAACGACAUGGUUCCCACCACAUGUACCGGGUCGGCUGGGAGCCCACAUGCGUGAGAAUGCCGAAACGGCUAUACUGAAAAGGCGUCCUUGCAAGCUGACCCUCAAUUCUGAGUCACCCCAUCCUUCAGUAACUUUUGAAGCUAAGACUUUUAACGCACCGUGAUAGAAUUGAAGCAGGUCAGGUUUACUACAGUGAGGACUGUGAUGAUGGGCUUUCAGGGCGGAGUCCUCAGUGUCGGCCUCAUCUUCCCGAUCCCAUGAACCAGUCGACUGCCAGAGCCUACCAGUCAGCUAACGAUGGGAUUGAACGCAGUGGUCGACAGGGCACGAAGGCCCACGCUAUGACAUGA